AUGGACGACACAGAACUCCCCUUCACAAUUCCCACCCAUCCCCCCUUAUCCCCAACCGCAACCUCCCUCCUCCAAACUCCCAUCCCCCUCCCCUGCCCUCCCCCGCCCGCCCUCGACACCCUCUUCCACGCCGAACACGGCCAGCUCUUCAACCUCAGCGGCCUACGCACCUCGGAAUCCCUCAUCCUCCAAGACCUCGACCCCUACUCCUCGUCGCCCUCCCCAACCGAUGGCUUCAUACACGUCAAUGAAGCAAAAUGGCACAACAUCUUCCACCGCAGCAGGUGGGCCAGCACUGCCUGCCACAUCGCCAACAGGCCUUUACACAUCGACGAUGACGCCGCGUGGAGCCGCAUUGCCCCCGCAAUCGAGCUCGCGGACAGGAUGCUGCAGCAGGCGCUCUCGCACCGCUGGCUGCUCGCGAUGCUGAGCGCGGCGGGGCGUGAGGCGGUGCAUGGGGUCUCGGUGACGGUUGAUGGGCGGAGGUACGCCAACGCGACGAUCUACCGCGUGGUUCCUGGUCCGGUUACGCAUGAAGCACGUGCUCAGGCUGUGCAGGUGUUGGAUGAGAUUGCUGGGAGUGUGUUUUGGGGGUUUCAUCAUGGGGAUGAGGCGCCGGGCCUUUUGGGCAAGACGGACACGAUUCACGCAAUAUCAAGACACAUCCUCACCUCCAUCAAAUCCCAAAACCCAGCGCACAACUGCCCCUCCUUCGAACUCUUCUUCAACAACGAACGCUGGGCCGAAGCAGGCUACUCCUUCGAAACCGCCUUCCUCGGCACCGUCCUCCGCAACACCUGGCCCAGCUCCCGCUCGCGCCGCAAAGCCUACCACGCCCUGCUUGCUCCGCGCCCCGAAACCGCCGCCGCGGGGCAGUUCCAGUACUACGGCGGCUGGGCGCCCUCCGACCCGUUCGUCGAGGAGCGCGCGGGCGUGCCGGGGCGGGUGCUGUGGGAGAUGACCCGCGAGGACUUCUGGGGGGUGAGGGUGCGGAAGUUUGGGGCGGAGGGGGUGAAAGUUAAGGGGGGUGUGAGUGUUGCGAGGGCGGAGUACUCGAAGGCGAGGGGGUAUACGGUGCGCAGGGCGCGUGUGCUUGAUGAUGAUGCUGGGUUUGGGGGGAGGAUUAGGGAGCGGAGGGGGAGGUUGAAGAUGUUGAGGCCGUGGUAUGCGUGCGAGUAUCGCAAGUGGAGCGAGACGCCGUUUGCGGAGUUUCAGAUGCGCAGCUGGGUGCCGGGGAUCAAAGGGAUUGGGAGGAGUGUCAAGUGCGAAGCUGGGGUUAUCGCUGCUGCGAAGAAGAUGAUAUCCCCGUUUGGAGUUGACGAGAAAGUCUGCGGGACGACGAUCGAGGGUGAGAGGAGCGGACAGGGCUUCUGGCGGGCGGUUGGGUUUCUUGCGAUGGCUGCGGUGCCGGUGAGGCGAGGUGUGUACUCGUGGGAGGACGAGAGCGUGCCGGCGUAUCCGGAGGUUCUGGUCCAUGGAUCGGAGUUCGCGGCGCCGCGAGGGUUUCUUGAGGAGGUCAUUCGGCGGGGAAGGGGCAAGAAGGAGAGGGAGAGGAGGAAGGUGGUUGGGCGGGCUUGGGGGAAGAGUCAUGAUCGGGAGAUGUGUUUUGAUAAUGCGAGGGUUGCGUUUUUGAGAUGGAAAUGGGGCGGUUUUGUGUCUGGGGAGCUUGUUCGGGAGUUUGAAGCUGCGACGAGGGAGUUGAGAGUGAAGAUGGACCAGUUCCCCUUGGAUGAUGUUUGGUUGGACUUCGGAUUCCGGAUGCCGGAGUACAGCGGGGAGGUGUUCUUCCCGGUUGGGUAUGAGGAUGAGCGGGUUGAUGAGGAAGAUGCAGACUUGCCUAGCUGGGCUAUUGCAAGGUCUGGCAUUGGUGGAGAGGAGGUUAUCGGGACUGUCAUCAAGUAUUACUCGCCUGGCGAGAUUGGAGACCUCCAGUCGCUAGGAGCAGGGCAAAAGGUCGUCUUGUGGCAGGACGAAGACGAUACAGAGAUCCAGGUCUACGAUGUCAGCGAGAUGUUUCCCGACGGCUGGGACUCGGAUGCCAGAGACACCUUCACUGUUCCCGGUCUGCGAGGACGCAUGCUCCGUCCAAACCUCGCAAAUGACAUCCUCUCCCAAGCCCUCAGCCAAGAACCACUCGGCCAGGCAAUGCUCUGGCGCCAAGAAGAAGACGUCUGCAUCAACGACGGCAAUGAGGGCAGACCAAAAUGGAUUGCGCUCGGAGCCGAAGUCUUCGACAUCACAAACCUGCACCUUCCCCCAGACCUCCACACCCUCCACCACAUCCUCUCCCGCACCCGAAACCCCGUCGACGCAAUCGACGCCGGCUUCCACCCAGACCUGAUCCGCGCCAGCCUCCUCCCGUGCAAGAUCGGCUGGCUGCGCGACGAGGUGUCUGGCCCGCGGCGGCGAGAUCGCGUGUUCAUGCCCGGCGAGGUGAAGUGGUUCGCGGCCCGCGAGACGGGGAUGUACGUUGUCAUCAACGGCAGCGUGUACGAUUUCACAGGAUACUGCGACAUGCACCCCGGCGGCGCGUCCCUCAUCUCCCAGCUCGCCGGCCAAGACGCCACCGCAGCCUGGAGGCAAGCCCACGGGCAUGGUGCAUCUGUCUCCGGGGUAGACGUACACGCCGCGCUGGAGGAGUUGAAGAUCGGACGCGUCGUGCCGGAGCAGUCGCCGGCCGAACCGCUCUCGUCGUCACAGAUCCGGAUUCGGGACUGUGUCUUUGGGCGGGAGAACAUCAAGCCCGAGCAAACCCAGGCACUGAACGACCUGGGACCAUACUGGGGCACAGAUUGCACACCACACCUCGAGGCACAGAGCCCGCACUGGGUGUUGACCAAGCUCCAUGACACGCGCGACUUCAUCGUCGCCAAAAUCGCACCAACUCCCGAAGAGUUUCCCAUGACGCAGGACACAUUGCGGGAGUUUGACGGCAAAGAAACAGAUCUAGGUUUCCGCGAGGCGUACGUCUCUGACGGGACGUCCAUCUACAACAUGACUUCGUUCAUCAGAUACACCUCCCCAUCACCACUCACCUCAUCCCUCCUUACCCGUGCCGGCAAAACCCUGACCUCAUCCCCCGAGGACACCGAGUUGCGAACAUGGCUACAAACCUCCUGCCGCCACCGUAUCAUCGCAUCCCACGACCACCGACAACCCAACCCGGGCACGAGCCAGCCCCGCUGGAAGACCGACGUUCAAAGCGUCCCCCGCGCCCCAGCCCCCGGCCACUUCCCCAAGAUCAUCAAAGCAGCCAAGGUCGAGAUGAACUGGGCGAGGGCACUGCAGGGCGACGCAGCGUCUCCCGGUCCGAAGAGCGACGUCAGGCCGACGCAGGCGUCUCCGAAGAUGCGGGCGCGAGGGGACACGAGAGGGGGGUUUGGUGGCGCGGGUGGGAAAGGCAGAGUUGAGGCGAUCGAGCUUCCUUUGUUGAACCAAAAACCGCAAUCAGUGGAUGGGGAUGUUGUCAUGGAGGACGUACAACCUGACGGGUGGACCGUCGUUGGGAAAAAGGGCUGCAGACGGACUCGGAAAAGACGCUGA